GUAAGUGCUAAAAUUAUUAUAUUCUCUUUGGUACUCGUUUAUUAUUUGUUAUCACUUCCUAUUUAUUUUAUAUUGUAUUGAUUUUUGUGCGUCAUUCGUUGUGUAGUUGUGUACUUGUGUUAGUGUGUCGCUGUGUACAACUACUGUUGGGCGUUGGUAUCCUCCGUCAAGUGCGUGUACGACAACGUAUUUUUUUUCGUUGUUUGGUGACCGUUUACAAUAUGUCAGACUCCAGUGGUAACAGAACGAGCGACGAAGAAAAUGAACCUCAUCCAAGACCUAUUCAUCAAUUUAUUUCCCCAGCGCUUCAAAUACGUUCUUACUACAACCAACAUCCAGAUGUACUAUAUCAGCAUUUGGGAGAUGAACUUCAAAGUCUUGCUGGAUCUAUAAACUAUAAAUCAGGUGUUAUUGUCAAUACAGUUCCACUUGCUUUUAUGAGAUUAAAUUUGAUGCCUGGAGAAAUUGCUUCAAUUAUAGCUGAUUCUAUAGAUAUCAAAUUUAUAUUACAAUAUGCCAUGAGGCGUAAUCGUCCAUUUGGAAUUUGUCAUAAAAUUAAUGAAAAUAUGCGUUCAUAUGGUGUAUUAGCUGCGAUUUACAACCAUUCUUUAAUCAAGGAAUCUAUUGCAACAGAAUCUUAUGAAGUUAAAGUUAGAGGGUUUCAAUUAUUUGAAAUUUUACAUGUCAAAUCAUAUCCAGAUAGGGACAAUCAAACUCUUGCUUUAGCUCGAGUUAAAAUCAUACCAAAUAAAACAUUAAAUCAUCCAAAUAAUGAAAUAAGUUUACAUCCAAACAGAUACAAAUCAAGUUUAAAAUUCCAUACGAUAAACAGGUUUCAAAGUCAGUGGCCAUCUUGGGUUUAUAAGCAAUUUGAUGUUCAUGAAUUGGCAUCUCGUCUAUUGAAAAAAGUUAGAAUAUUGUAUGAAGAUAUAAAAAUCUCAAAUGUUCCAAGUAUAUUAUCAUUCCAAGUGACAAAACUUGGUAUAUUUACUCAUGAAGAAGUAAAUGAAUUGCUUGGUAUUGAGUCAACAAAUCUACGGCUUCAAUAUGAACUAGAGUAUUUAAACAGAAAUCAAUCAAUGCAAAAAUUAAAGUGCACUAAAUUUAUGUGUGGUACUACAAUUUCCAAUAUGAGUUGUCUGUUACCUAUAUCUCCUGAAGAAAAAGAGGAGAGUUAUUGCAACGCUUGGGGAUCACUUCACUCCUUGAUUACUGUAACUCACCUAGAAGAUCGCUUAAAGGUGAUAGCAGUUAAAAAUGUAUCAUCUAAUGAGUUUGCCCAUAGGUUCGACUCUUCUUUAAUUUUUUGCCCAAAGUGUAAAUCUUUUAUAGGCUGGAAAUUUUUGGUUAAAAAUGAUUUUUUAUCGUCAUCAUCAAGAUCAUUCUAUGGAUUAUUUGCAAGUUCCAUAACAUCUAUAAAUGACCAUAUAUUACCCCUAGUUACUGUAAAUGAUGUAGUACCACAUGGCAGUGAUAGAGAAAUGAUUUUUGAUGCCGUCGAUGAUACAGAUAUUUUAUUACAAACACCUUGGACUUACAACUUGUAAAUAGAUUUCGGUUUCCAUUACCAUGAAGUAGAGCACCGGCUAAAAUCUUGCAAUAAGAAGAAUGAAGAUGCGAGGGACCAUUAAACAACGACUGGUCAUUUAAUCAUUUAAUUAGUAUAAUAUGUACAUAUAUAUAUAUUUAAAUAUAUUUGCUUAUCAUUUA